UAUGUAAUAGAUUUCCCCUGAGGUUGAGCAAUAUCUUUCUGAAUUAUUGAAGCCUGUUCUAGAAAGAGUGGAUGAAUUAAAAAUAAGAGAUCAAUAAAAUGAAGACUAAAUCAAUUCUCUAGUUCAAGAAUUGACUUAGUUAAAAUAAUUAGUUAGCUCUCUAAAGCCUAUAAAAUAAGAGGAUGAGAAAAGUACAUUUGAUAAUAAAUUUUAUUAGAACAAAUAAAGCAAGAAUAAAAGAAAGAUAAUAAUGGAAAUCAUGGUAAGCAAUAUUAUUAUAAAUUCAAAUUAAUUAGAAAACAAAAAACAGGAUCGUCCUACAACUGCUGUUGUCUAAAAGAAUGAAUAAAAUAAAGUAAAAGAGCCUAGACCUUAAACUGGUCAAAAGCCAUUGAGUUAAAGUGUCAUCGUAGAUAAAACAACUACAAAUGAAAUAGAUAAAGGUAUUGUAAUUCCCAAAUCAUCUAGUGCCUUUGAAAUCCCCUAGAGAUUCAACAUAAAAGUAACCAAAACCUUAAGGAUAACAAUAAUAACAACCUCCUUAACCUAAAUCAAAACCCUAAAAAUAACCUGAAUAGAAAGAUACAAAAGAUUAAAAAGAUUCUAAACCUUAAGGUUAAGGUAAUAUUAAAGAUAAUUUAGUAGAAUAACCUUAAAAAUAAGCUUAGCCUUAAAAAGAUGAAAAAAAAGUAGAAAAGCCAAAAUAAACUAAAUAAAAUCCUCCAGUUCAAGCAGAGAAGACUGAUAAGCCAAAAGAAGUUUCUAAAAAGGCAGAUAAACCAUAAGAUUAAAAAGCCAAUGGAUCAUAAAAAAACCAAACAAAAUAAAAUGAUAAAAAGGCAGAACCAAAAUAAGAGGAUAAGAAAAUAGUAAAAAAAACAAAAUAAACAACAGGCCAAACUGGAGAUUAAUAAUAAACUGAUGAACAAUUCCAAUAAUAAUAAUAAGCUUCUUAAGUGAGUUAAGAAUAAUAAUCUGCUGAGAAAUCAUUAAAAGAAAAUCAUUCAGAAUAAAAUGAAUAAUAACCAGAUAAUCAUUCAGAACAUACAAACAAUGUAUAAGAAGUUAACUAACCACCAUAAGAAUAACAUUAGGAGGAAUAAAAUUAAUUUUAAAAUCAAGAGUAAAAAGAAGAACAACAUUAAUAACCAGAAAAUUAGAAUUAGGAUGAUAAUUAACCUAAAGAGGAGUCAUAAAGUUAAUAAUAAGAAGUAAUUUGA